GAGCUACCGUUUCAAGGCCGUAGACGUUCUCCGACCUGAAUUUGGUGCGGAAGCCGUUAGUGACGACUCUCCUAACUGCGUGCGAUGCAGCUACUCGAACUCGUUCAGUCGAGAUUUGAACGUCACGUGUUCAAUAGCAAAGAUGAAUCUGUCAUCAGUCCGCUGUAUGUUCGAGGAAGCGGGACGACGCACCCGAACCUCGGGCCGAGAAGAGUCCAUGGCUUUGGAAUCUUCCAAUAGUCUCAGCUCGAUUCCGUCAGUAUCCACGAUGCAGAGCGACGAUGAUCUCCAGCAAGAAACGAUGCGAACUUCGGUCAAACUUUCGGACGAAGAGAUGCUGGAACGAGCUCGAGCGGCUCACUUGAGCGAAGACUUCGCUUCAUUGGCUGCCGAACCCUUGGCCAACGGACUUUGGAAGCGUAUGAAAACAGUGGAUCGAUUUGUAGUUUCUCGACGAGAAAUGACAACAAGCAACACCGAGAAACGAGACAAUGAGUUGGAGAUCUUGUGUGCUGGUCGGAUCGAUGCCAGUCUCGAAGAAGUGGCGAGUAUCUUUCGCUCAAACUCCGAAGACGAGCACAACACAGCGAUGUCGGCACUCUACGCCAAGAGCUUCAUCUUUGGGUCCUAUGAACGUGAGGUGCCGUGCUCCACCGACGCCAUGACACACGAUGAUGAAAUAGUAGUUAAUAGCUCCGAACAACUCGCUGUCAAGACCAAGAGCUUCACACGGACAGCAAUGUUCGCCAACAACGAGCAGUGGUGUUACUUUGACUACUUCCAACGUAAGAAAGAAAGAGAUGGCUUCACUAUCUCCAUGCGUGCACUGCCUCCCACUGAGUCAACUCCUGGACGCAUCGUCGGACGUAACGCUCGUGUGGAUCAACUGCACGGAUUGAACGCCUCGUAUCUCGUUGACAAACUCCCUAACAGCAAGGGACUUCGAGUGGUUCUUCAUGCGUGGUUUGACCCCCCAGAGGAUAGCGGAGACCGUCCUCGCUCCAGCAGUCAGAGCUUUUCAAGUCGCUUUAGCUCUCACCACCAGUUAAGCAUGAGCUCGAGUUUUCGCUCAACGUCUAUGGACUACGAGGACGCGUCCAAACACAAGGCACAGCUUCGUCGUCUGUUGGCGUUGGCUCAAAGUCUCACGAAACUUCCCGACCUUAUUCGUCGCCGGCGCUUUGGCGUGCAGAUCCCUGUCAAUCUUAGCGCCACUUACGCUACCAACACGCGUUGUCCGUGCUGCACUCACAGCCUGGCGCCUGUGAAGAUGUCGCUGGCGAUGGCAGCGUCGGCCAUUGCAAAUCGCAGCUUGUCAUCCAUCAAGAUGGACACAAGACGCUGCUACUUGUGCGGAUAUCUCGUGUGCAUCGGUUGCUGGACGGCUCAACACAUGGAGAGUUGUUCUGGUCGUGUGGCGGCUAUUGUAGUCUGCGUUCGAUGUAACGUCAACGUCCAGGCUUGCGAGUACUCAGAGGUGUUUGCAGGCUCAGCAAAAGAACGGGAAAAGCACCGUGGUCCACCUCGAGUUGUGGAGGACUCGAACAAUGUUUCAGUAGUUUCGUUGCUAGUGGAUUUCCUGUCGACUUCGUUGCUGAAUACAAGCUCCGGUAGUCCAGAACAUGCCGCUGUGGUGGCUGUGACCCGGAUGCUUCUCGAAUCCAACGAAAGCGACCUCGAAGACGAAGAUCACAGUGAGUACGACAGCGAGGAUUUUACUUCUGAUCCACUCGACGAUGAUGCUAUGAACAAGGUCGAGAUGCUACUGAGUGACGAGCAGAACGUGCCACCGUUAGAGGCGUGUAAACUGGCCAAUGCAGACCAACGUGAUUAUCUUUUGGACUUACCGGACGACCCCACUGCAGACGUACCCCAUUUCCCCAUUCCACGCAAUGAGGCAGCUCGGAUUACAGCCGCCAAAACUACCAGACUCCUUGAGCUCGCCAAUUGUAUCGCACCGGAGAUACCCGACGCUGGCAUCCAGCUAAGACCUGAUACUCGUGACCUCGAGGUGUUGUGUCAAUUGGCAGUCAAGACUGUAGGCUUCUCUCACGCGUUCAUAUCCAUCAUGUGUGCCAAGCACGAACACUUCUUGGCCGAGGACCACCCAGUCAUCGCCAGAACUGUCGCGGCGCGUGAACACACCACUUGUCAACAUGCGCUGAUGUCGUCGGAUCCGUUCAUGGUCGCACACCACGAAGCAGACGUGCGUCUUCACAACGCAAAGACAACCAAAGAUCUAAACAUCCGAUCGUAUGUCGGCUUCCCUCUCACUGUGCCGGCAGAAGGAGCAAAACCCGGAGACGAAGAGGUGACGGUGGGGAUGUUCUGCUGUCUCGAUUCGACGCCGCACAUCGAGAUCACGCGUCGACAGUACAGCACUAUGAAGCGUCUAGCCCGCAUCACCACGAGCUUCUUGUUGCGUAAGGCUCGUCAGCUACACCAGCCAACUGAGGUGCACGAUGAUUGCAGCAGUACAUGUAGCCAAAUCAACUUCAACUAA